AUGCUAUCAUGGAGAGACACCCAGCUGCUCAUGAGAGACAAGAAUCAUCCAAACCAAUCAGACGGAGACACAGAAGUGCUCAAUGGAGACGAAACUGACUUGGACGAAUCAGGAUGCAACUCCAACUACUGGGAGAGAUGUAGGUCGCCACCAAGCAAAGCUUUGCUAGGCCUAGGUCUCCAUGUGUCUGCGCAUGACUGGAGACGUCCCAAGAAGCCAGGCAGCCUCCUGAACUCCUAUAAAUACGCUCCUCCAACCCCAAGUCCAAACCAUUCCAUUCCCAAAGCUAGAGAGCACCUGAAAAGUUUGCAUUGUUGUGAGGUUGUGAUGGGUAAUCUUCUAGGGAGAGAAGUUAUGCCAUCAGAUCUCUUGUGUUGUGAGGUUGUGUCGGGUAACCUUCGGGGAAGGUUAGGCCGCCAGAUCUCUUUUGUGUGUGAGGUUGUGUUGGGUAACCUUCGGGGAAGGAUAUGCCAACAGAUCUCUUUUCUGUGUAAGAUUGUGAUGGGUGACCUUCGGGGAAGGUUAUGCCGUCAGAUCUUGUUUGUGUAG